CACCAAGUAACCUCAGCUUCGAGCUUCAGCCUCCGUCACGACGCUUCCUUCUACGACCCCUACGGACUCUCUUACAUUAUACUUUAUCUGAACGAGGAUUGUGAACAGAAUCAUAGCGGGAAAGUAUGACCGGCGUAGCAUGGCACUACGUCCUGAAGUUCAUCAUUACAGGCGAUUCCUCGGUUGGCAAAUCCUCCUUGCUCGUACGCCUCACGGACCAACGAUUCCUCGCCAAUCCUGACCCAACACUAGGAGCAGAGUUCGGCUCAAAGCUCAUCACGAUUCCCGAGGAGAACAAGGUCGUCAAGCUCCAAUGUUGGGACACUGCCGGCACUGAGUCGUUCAGGUCCAUCACGCGCUCAUACUACCGCGGCGCGGCGGGUUGUUUGCUCGUAUACGACGUGACAUCGCGGCAAAGCUUCGUAAACGCGCGCUCAUGGCUCGCAGACGUCCGCGAGCACGCCGACCCACACCUCACCUGCAUACUCGUCGGAAACAAGAUUGAUCUCUGUGCCGACGACACCGACGCGCCGUCCGUGCCAGCACGGCGCACGCGCGAGGUAACCACGGAGGAGGCGGAGCAAUGGGCGAAGGAGGAGGAUUUACUGUUCGUCGAGGCGAGCGCCAAGUCGGGGCUCAAUGUUCAGGAAGCAUUUGAGCAGGCGACGCGCGACAUCCUGGACAAAAUCCGCCGAGGAGUGUUUGACGACGACAGGUCUCUCGGUGUCAAGCAUUCGAAGCCGUCUGCGACGAACGUGUCACUGGAUAAUGACGCACCUAGAGGACGCUGCUGCUGAUAUAGAUACCCGUUUUAGUCGCUGUGAUUGCGUUCGGUAUGUAUGCUCCUUAUGUACCGACUUGAGUGUAUAGUUAGUGUAUUUGGUAUCUCCAUGAUGUUUGUUCCGUGCGUUAGUACAAAGAUUAAAUAGGACCGACGUGAUGGUGCGUGACGGUGUACAUAUCCGCGUGAAAGGUGAGCUCUAUAUACUAAGGAUAUACGAUAAAGUACGAUGCGUGCAGACAGUGUUUUUUGUGCGUGGUGCGAUCGGUUAUGACGCGCCUUAAGCGAUGCGAGGAGGCAAUGAGAGCUGUGUGAGGCGAGGAGGACUGCGGAG